AUGAUUCAUUCACACACAUUCAUCCCAGUGGUGGUAGCUGUGAUUGUAGCUGCCCUGGGACAGACUGACAGAGGCGUGGCUGCCAUUCUGCCCCUCCGACCACCACCUCAAACAAUCCAUUCAUAUGCAUUCACACCAGGCAAGGCGGGGGAAGUGUCUUGCCAAAGGACACAACGACCAUGAAACCGGUUACAGGGCGGAAUCAGACCGCCGCCCUUCCGAUCAUUGAUCAACUCACUCUACCACCUGAGCCACAGCCACAACUUCUGAAUCUACAUCCAGGAUAAUAACGACGUUCCUUUUAUAAUCCAAUCCUUAAGCUGCUCAGCUUAUCUGCACCCUCUCCCACUUCCAUCAGCCCUUCUAAUGAUCCGUCUCCGUUGAAUCAAUCCUUGAUCCAGACAAGCAUGUGACAUAUUUUCCUGCAAAUGAAUAUCCGGGAACAAAUCAUUGCUAUUGAUUUCGUCAUAACUUUAGAGUCGUGGCGUCUGAAUGUGUAUUCCUGUAAAGGUCCGUCUACCUUUCCAAGAACAGAUUCCUUAAGGGCUUGCGCGACACUUUGCAGACAUACUUGGACUAAGAACCACUGACUUGCGAAAGUAGUUGACUAUUGUUUAGCAUUCUUUAUGUGAAUUGUUAAGGUCCUGCUCACCUACAGGCAGAAGAAAGUGCACAUAUGGCCUAUUUAUCAUACAAUUCUUGCUAUGCCAGGUCUGUCUGCUGCUCUUUUUAACAUGCACUGCUUUUUUUCUCCUGCCUGUCAUCUUCUUUUUUUUCCCCGCUCUCUAACACACUUUCUGACCUCUACUGCCCCCUCUCAUUCACUUCUAUGUCAAUCCUCUCAAACCCAUUCCUCUUAUGUGUUUUCUUCUCCUCUCCAUUUUGUUCUCAUCUAUCUCGCCACUCUACACUUUAUCUAUUUAUUAAUCUCCUUCUUUUCUCCUUCCCCCUUCUUUCCUCUGCCUCUUCUCUCUCUCAGAUGCAGGAUGCUAUGGGCUAUGAGCUGCCAUGGGUCUAUUUUGUCUCUCUCGUCAUCUUCGGCUCUUUUUUCGUUCUCAACCUCGUUCUGGGGGUGUUGAGCGGAGAGUUUUCCAAGGAAAGAGAGAAGGCCAAGGCACGUGGUGACUUCCAGAAACUCAGAGAAAAACAGCAACUGGAGGAAGACCUCAAGGGCUAUUUAGACUGGAUCACUCAGGCUGAAGACAUUGACCCAGAGAAUGAAGAGGAGGGCAUGGACGAUGACAAACCCAGAAACUUGAGCAUGCCAGCCAGCGAGAAUGAAUCAGUCAACACAGACAACGCCCCCGGGGGAGACGUGGAGGGGGAGACCUGCUGUACCCGGCUAGCAAUUAGGAUCUCCAAAUCCAAGUUCAGCCGCUACUCUCGGAGGUGGAACAGGCUGUGCAGGAGGAAGUGCCGGGCGGCGGUCAAAUCGCAGGUUUUUUAUUGGCUGGUCAUCUUUCUGGUUUUCCUCAACACUCUGACCAUCGCCUCUGAACAUCACCAGCAGCCUCAGUGGCUAACCGAUGUACAAGACAUUGCCAAUAAGGUUUUGCUUGCGCUCUUCACUGGUGAGAUGCUGCUGAAGAUGUACAGUCUGGGUCUACAGGCGUACUUUGUUUCACUCUUCAAUCGGUUCGACAGCUUCGUAGUAUGCGGAGGGAUUCUGGAGACCAUUCUGGUGGAAACAAAGAUCAUGUCUCCUCUCGGCAUCUCUGUGUUACGUUGCGUGCGCUUGCUCAGAAUCUUCAAAAUAACCAGAUAUUGGAACUCCCUGUCCAACCUGGUGGCCUCCCUGCUCAACUCCGUUCGCUCCAUCGCUUCCCUGUUGCUCCUGCUCUUCCUCUUCAUCAUCAUCUUCUCCCUGCUGGGCAUGCAGCUCUUUGGGGGGAAAUUCAACUUCGACGAGACCCGACGCAGCACCUUCGACAACUUUCCCCAGUCUCUGCUCACCGUGUUUCAGAUCCUAACAGGAGAGGACUGGAACUCCGUGAUGUAUGACGGUAUCAUGGCCUACGGUGGUCCCUCUUUUCCUGGCAUGCUGGUCUGCAUCUACUUCAUCAUCCUCUUCAUCUGCGGAAACUAUAUCCUCCUGAAUGUCUUCUUGGCCAUCGCUGUCGACAACCUGGCAGAUGCUGAGAGCCUGACAUCAGCCCAGAAAGAAGAGGAGGAGGAGAAGGAGAGGAAAAAACUGGCCAGGCUUGCCAGUCCAGAGAAGCGCCAUGACAACGAGAAGCCGCCUCUGGAGGAAGAGAAGAAGGAGAAGAUCGAACUGAAGUCCAUUACGUCUGAUGGAGAGACCAACACUGCAACGAAGAUCAACAUGGACGACUGCUGUGGAGAUGAAAGUGAAGAGAAGAACCCAUAUCCUGCCAAUGAUUACAUAGGAGACGAUGACGACGAUGAGCCAGAGAUGCCAGUUGGCCCGAGGCCGCGGCCGCUCUCUGACAUCCAGCUGAAGGAGAAGGCUGUUCCCAUGCCUGAGGCCCGCGCCUUCUUCAUCUUCAGCCACACCAACAAAUUCAGGGUUCUGUGCCAUAAGAUCGUCAACCACAACAUCUUCACCAACCUCAUCCUCUUCUUCAUCCUGCUCAGCAGCAUCAGUCUGGCAGCAGAGGACCCAGUCAAGAACGACUCUUUCAGAAACCAGAUCCUGGGCUAUGCAGAUCAUGUCUUCACUGGACUCUUCACCAUAGAGAUCAUUCUCAAGAUGACGGCCUAUGGAGCCUUCCUCCAUAAAGGUUCUUUCUGUAGAAACUAUUUCAACAUCCUGGACUUGGUGGUGGUCAGUGUGUCGCUCAUCUCCUCUGGAAUACAGUCCAGUGCAAUUAAUGUGGUGAAGAUCCUGCGAGUUCUGCGAGUGCUGAGACCGCUGAGGGCCAUCAACAGGGCCAAAGGACUGAAGCACGUGGUGCAGUGCGUGUUCGUGGCCAUCAGGACCAUCGGCAACAUCGUCAUCGUCACCACGCUGCUGCAGUUCAUGUUCGCCUGUAUUGGAGUACAACUCUUUAAGGGCAAGUUUUUCUACUGCACCGACAGCUCUAAACAAACUCAGGCAGAGUGCAGGGGUUCUUACAUCAUGUAUAAGGACGGCGAUGUGGGGAAGCCUGGAAGAGCCCAGCGACUGUGGGAGAACAGCGACUUUAACUUUGACGAUGUCCUGCAAGGCAUGAUGGCUCUGUUUGCUGUGUCUACCUUUGAGGGCUGGCCAGGGUUACUGUACCGGGCCAUAGACUCUCACGCUGAGGACGUCGGGCCCAUCUACAACUACCGCGUGGUCAUCUCCAUCUUCUUCAUCAUCUACAUCAUCAUCAUUGCCUUCUUCAUGAUGAACAUCUUCGUCGGUUUCGUCAUCGUCACAUUCCAGGAGCAAGGAGAGCAAGAGUAUAAGAACUGCGAGCUGGACAAGAACCAGCGUCAGUGUGUGGAGUACGCCCUGAAGGCCCGUCCGUUGCGUCGCUACAUCCCCAAGAACCCAUACCAGUACAAGGUGUGGUAUGUGGUCAACUCCACCUACUUUGAGUACCUGAUGUUCACGCUCAUCCUCCUCAACACCAUCUGUCUGGCCAUGCAGCAUCAUGGACAGACGAAAAAUUUCAACGACGCGAUGAACAUCCUCAACAUGCUCUUCACGGGACUGUUCACCGUAGAGAUGAUCCUGAAACUGAUCGCCUUCAAACCCAGGGGGUACUUUAGUGAUCCCUGGAAUGUGUUUGAUUUCCUCAUCGUAAUUGGCAGCAUAAUAGACGUCAUUCUCAGUGAAAUCAACGGACUGCAGAACUCUGAAGAGAACGCCAGGAUCUCCAUCACCUUCUUCCGGCUGUUCCGCGUGAUGAGGCUGGUGAAGCUGCUGUCUCGCGGGGAAGGGAUUCGGACCCUGCUGUGGACCUUCAUCAAAUCCUUCCAAGCUCUGCCCUACGUAGCUCUGCUUAUAGUGAUGCUGUUCUUCAUAUACGCUGUCAUCGGCAUGCAGAUGUUUGGUAAGAUAGCACUGCGGGACCCCACGCAGAUCAACAGGAACAACAAUUUCCAGACAUUCCCUCAGGCAGUGCUGCUGCUCUUCAGAUGUGCGACAGGUGAGGCAUGGCAGGAGAUCAUGCUGGCGUGUUCGCCCAAUCGACCGUGCGAGAAAGGUUCGACCAAUGAGAACAGCACGACCAACGAGGACUGCGGCAGCCAGUUUGCCAUCAUUUACUUUGUCAGCUUCUACAUGCUCUGUGCCUUUCUGAUCAUCAACCUGUUUGUGGCUGUCAUCAUGGACAACUUCGACUACCUGACGCGCGAUUGGUCGAUCCUGGGGCCGCAUCAUCUUGAUGAGUUCAAGAGGAUCUGGGCUGAAUAUGACCCAGAAGCUAAAGGGAGGAUAAAGCACCUCGAUGUGGUGACUCUGCUCCGGAGAAUCCAGCCUCCCCUCGGCUUCGGAAAGCUCUGUCCACACAGGGUGGCUUGCAAGCGUCUGGUGUCGAUGAACAUGCCUCUGAACAGCGACGGAACAGUGAUGUUCAACGCCACGCUGUUUGCUCUGGUCAGAACCGCACUCAGGAUCAAGACUGAAGGCAACCUGGAGCAGGCUAAUGAGGAGCUGAGGGCAAUAGUGAAGAAGAUCUGGAAGAGAACCAGCAUGAAGCUACUGGAUCAAGUAGUGCCUCCUGCUGGUGAUGAUGAGGUAACGGUCGGAAAGUUCUACGCCACCUUCCUCAUCCAGGAAUAUUUCCGCAAGUUCAAGAAGAGGAAAGAACAAGGGCUGGUGGCCAAGGUGCCCCCGAAAACUGCUCUCUCUCUGCAGGCGGGCCUGCGGACAUUGCAUGACAUUGGUCCAGAGAUUAGGAGGGCCAUCUCUGGAGACCUGACAGUGGAGGAGGAGCUGGAUAAAGGCCUGAAGGAGCCUGUGUCGGCGGCAUCUGAGGACGAUAUCUUCAGGCGUACAGGCGGGUUGUUUGGCAACCACGUCAACUACUACAACCAGAGCGACGGCCGUAGCUCCUUCCCACAGUCCUUCACCACCCAGCGUCCCUUGCAUAUCAGCCAGAAAGGCUCACCUUGCGAAGGCGAGAGUCCGUCUCAUGAGAAGCUCAUGGACUCCACCACUUUCACCCCUUCCUCUUACUCCUCAUCAGGCUCCAACGCCAACAUCAACAACGCCAACAACACUGGCAUGGCCGGGGUGACGGCGCAGGGCAUCAGUCGAUUCCCAAGCCCGUCCAUAAGCACUGUGGACGGGCACACGGGGCAGCCGCUCACCCCCAUCCUGCUGCCAAGAUCUGCAUGGUGCUUUCCUCCAAAGAGCUCGGACUCGAGUGACAGCCGCCUGCCAAUCAUCCGAAGAGGGGAGGGGUCCACGGAGGAGACGUACGAUGAGAGCUAUGCAGACGACAGGGAGUACCACGAGGACGACCACUCGCUCUCCUCCGACAUGCUGGUGUAUCACGAUGAUACCUGUAAGCAGCUGACUCCCAUGGAGGAUGCAGAGGAGGUAGAGGACAGAAGAGGAGGAGGAGGAGGGUGGCAGUCUCCCAGGAGAGUCUUCCUCUGCCCCACUUCUCUGGGGCGGAGAUCGUCCUUCCAUCUGGAGUGUCUCCGGAGACGAUCGGGGCCAGAUGUCUCCCAGAAGACAGCUGUACCCUUACAUCUUGUACAUCAUCAGGCUCUGGCAGUGGCAGGGCUGAGUCCUCUGCUAAGAAGGAGUCACUCACCGACCCUCUUCAGUCGGCUGUGCUCCACGCCUCCAGCCAGUCCCACAGGCCAAUGCAGUGAUGCCUCCUAUCAGCGAGUUCCCUCUCUGAGGUUAGAGGGCUCCAACUCCCAUGAAAAGCUCAAUACCAGCUUGCCCUCUGUCAACUGUGGGCCCUGGUACAGCGACAGUAAUGGGAACAGCCGGGUGCCCAGUCCUAGCCCCACCCCUAGCGUGUCAGCGUCUAGUCAAAGAGCACCACGGCCGGUGUCGCUCACAGUGCCCUCGCUACUGGGAAAAGACUCCAGCUCGCUGUCUCACGGCAGUGCAGGAAGUCUGGUGGAGGCGGUGCUAAUAUCAGAGGGCUUGGGUCACUUCGCCCAGGACCCGUCGUUCAUCGAGGCGACUAAAGCCGAGUUGGCCGAUGCCUGCGACAUGACCAUCGAGGAGAUGGAGCACGCCGCCAACAACAUUCUCAACGGCAACAGCACCACAAACGCCACGUCCAGCACCUCCUCCACCUCUCAGCACAGCCCUAACGGCAACAUCCUCCCCUUCCACACAGCAGCAGCAGCAGCAGCAGCAGCAGCAGCAACACACAGGGACCGAGUGCCCAGCUUGAGUCCCAGCGAAGGUGGGGGAGAGUCCACAGGAAGCCGGGGCUCCAUCCACGGGCCGUCCUCUAUAGAGGAGCGGCAGGAGCUGCUGGCCAGGGGGAGGGCGCGAGACGAGGAGGAGGAGGAGGACGCGGCAGGGAGGGAAGAGGGGUCCCACAGAAGCUCGGUGGUGAUCGGAGGAGCGCGACAGAGAAACAGCGGGCUGUUGGAGGACGAGGAUAUGGAGUGCGUGACGAGUUUGUAGGAGUCAACUCAACGGGUUCAAAUCGGCCAACUGGCCCCUCUGACAUCAUCAGAGACCGACGCUUGUCAGUGCUGCCUCACAGCGCCACGGCUGGAUCUGUCUGUCCCCACAUCAACUCACACACACACACAUGAACACGGUGUCGCUCUGGACGAUGGCGGCCAGUGACGCAACCUUAAACACCUGGUUAUGACUCUGUUGGUUUCUAUGAGUUAGUAUGUGUGUGGAUGUUUGUAGUAAAGUAUACCAGACUGUG